UUGAACGUUUUUUCCAAAAGUAACCAUGUCACUCCCUCUUUGUAUUGAAGAUAAUCCCCCAUUUUCACAGAGAUCCAGACACCACCAGACCAAAUCAAAUGAUUUCAUGAAGAUUUCAAUCCAACCCAAGUCACUGUCAACAGAUGUCUCUGGGGCAAGCUGAGGGCCAGAACUUCAACAAGCCUGAAACACAUCUGUGGCAGCAGCACAGCAGUGUUAGAGUUAUUUGAGCGUGAGGGAGUGAUUCAAGCACCUCAGGAUCUGCAGCUCCAGGACUCCAGACCUGCUCCAACCUGGAUGGAUCACAGGCAAAAGAGGCUGCAGAGUAAAUCAUCUCCACCAAAGUUGGAUGUCUUUCCUUGAGGGUUUGCUGGGAAGUGCCAUUGACUUGUGCAAGGCUGCUGUUAUCAACCUGGAAUAAUGUCCAUGGACUGGCGUGACAGGCUGAUCAUAGGCUUGUUUGUGAUGCUUAUCCUGAGUCUCAGCUGCUGUGCUGGACAGAGCUAUGAACGCUGGGAGGCUGGGUCCUCGUGCUAUGGAGGGUUUGACCUCUAUUUUGUGCUGGACAAGUCUGGAAGUGUACAGCACCACUGGAAUGAGAUCUACUACUUUGUUGAUCACCUUGCACACAAGUUCAUCAGCCCCCAGCUCCGAAUGUCCUUUAUAGUCUUUUCAACGGAGGGAAGGAUCCUGAUGAAACUUACAGAGGACAGGGAUCAGAUCCGUGCUGGGCUGGAGGAGCUUCAGCAUGUCUUACCAGGUGGAGAUACCUUCAUGCACAAAGGUUUUCAGAGGGCAAGCGAGCAGAUCUACUAUGGAACAGGUGACGGAUACCGCACAGCGAGUGUCAUCAUUGCUCUGACUGAUGGAGAACUGCGCGAGAAUGAAUUUGACUUGGCAGCCAGAGAGGCCGGUCGCUCACGUCAGUUGGGAGCUUCUGUGUAUUGUGUUGGAGUGAAGGACUUUAAUGAAACCCAGCUGGCAACAAUAGCCGACAGCGAAGAUCACGUCUUUCCUGUUAAUGAUGGCUUUGAAGCACUGCAAGGGGUCAUUGAUUCAAUUCUGAAGAGAUCCUGUAUAGAGAUCCUUGCUGUGGAGCCCUCGAGUAUUUGUGCAGGAGAAUCCUUUGAGGUGGUCGUUCAAGGGAACGGAUUCCUUCACGCCCGCGAUGUGAGCAGAAUCCUUUGCAGCUUCCGUAUCAACAACACCCUCACCGUGAUGAAGAGGCCUCUGGUAGUUGAAGACACGUACCUGCUCUGCCCAGCGCCUGUACUGAAGGAGGAGGGAACGUCUGCCUCCCUCCAUGUCAGUAUGAACAACGGCCUGAGUUUUAUCUCCAGUUCUGUGACCAUCACGACCGUCAGCUGUACCGACGGGACGUUCUUGGCCAUAGCGCUGCUGAUACUGCUGCUGAUGAUCGCUAUGGCCACACUCUGGUGGUUUUGGCCCCUCUGUUGCACCGUGAUCGUCCAUGAGCCACCGCCACCACACGUGAUGGACGACAGUUCGGAUGAAGAGGAUGAAGGUUUCCCAAAGAAGAAGUGGCCAACAGUGGAUGCUUCGUACUAUGGUGGGAGAGGAGUUGGUGGCAUCAAAAGAAUGGAAGUGCGCUGGGGAGAUAAGGGAUCCACUGAUGAAGGAGCCAAACUGGAGAAGGCCAAGAAUGCGCGGGUGAAAAUGCCUGAGCAAGAGUUUGAGUUUCCCCCCACACGGACCCUAAACAACGGCAUGCGAAAACCAAUCUCCCCUCAGAAGUGGUACUCCCCUAUCAAGGGGAAACUGGAUGCCCUGUGGGUGUGGCUUAGGAGAGGAUAUGACCGUGUAUCCGUAAUGAGACCUCAACCUGGAGAGAAGGGUCGCUGUAUGAAAUUCACCCGUAUGAAAUCCUGCCCACCUCCUCAAUACCCGCUUUACAACAACCCCUCGAGCCACAUCUACAGCCUCCCCCAUAGCAGAUGCCCUCCUGUCCCACAGGGCACCCUGCCACCCACCCCACGAUGCUCCGCCCACUCUCCCACCUCCACCCUGCCCCCUUUGCCAUCAACCCCACCCCCAACAUUCAUAACCCCUCCCCCUUACACACCACCUCCAACCAGAGCUCUUCCUUCUACCAGUCUGAGUAUCAAUGUGACUCUGCCUCCUCCUACCACACAACCCUCAUCACCCAGCACCUUGACUCCGCCCCCUCAGGCAGCUCCGCCCGGGCGAGCCCUGCCCCCUUCUCCUCCUACCCCGCCCUCAUCACCCAGCACAUUGACUCCGCCCCCUCAAGCAGCUCCACCUGGGCGAGCCCCGCCCCCUUCUCGUCCACCUCCACGCCCAGACCCCGAGGACCCACAGUUCUACCAGGACUGAGUAGAUCCAAGAGAUUUGCACAAGAAAAACUGCUGGUUAUGCUGGUGGCAAAAAUUGAGACCAGGAAUUUUCCAGGAAGAGAAAGGAUGGAGCAGCACGAUUAUUCCAACUAGCAUGGCAGUGACUGUAUUGCACACUUUAUUCUGAUUGGUUAACAAACAUCCAAGUUUGUCAUAACAAACAAAGUUUGUUAACUUUCAGAAUCACCUUGCCAUGUUCGUUAUUUUGUUUCAAAUGAACAGAACACCAAAGAGAGUCAUUGAGCAAAUCGGACACAAAUCAUAAACAUUUGAAUAAAAAUAAAAAAAUCCAUGGAAUGCAUAGUUAUUUGAACAACUGAGAAAUAUAUACACAUCAGCAUGUGUUAUGGUGUUUUCAAACUGAAUAUUUGAUGAUAGACCAUUAAAUACUUGAAGACUAUUCGGCAGUCUGUUGACAAUUAUUUGGUAAAAAAGUAGCCAUAUUCUACUGUCUUCAUUAUUAGUAAAAAUGAUCAUGUUCAUGUUUGAUGUUCAUUUUUGAGCUUUGAUGCCUUUUGAAUAGGUCAUCUGCAGAUAAAACCUACAAGUAACUGCAGCAAUGGAAGGGAACACUGGAAAUGUGUGGCUCAAACAUGUUAAUUUUCUUCUGGGUUCAGUUUUUGCCAAUUUCCAAUGUUUGAGGAACAAAGCUGGCCAUUAUUUUGUAUAUAUAUAUGAAUGGUUUCCAAACAGCUGUGCUAAGAAUAGAUUAAUCUUCAUGAGUAAAAAUACAUGAAAAAAGAAAAGAAAACAAAUUCUUUAAUUUAAAUGUUGUCUUUUGUUCUGUUGUUUGCCAGUGAUGCAUUUAAAGGGAUAGUUCAUUGAAAAGUGAACAUUUUGUCAUUAUUUACUCACCCUUAAGGAUGAGUACUCACAAAUGAAGGAUGUCCAGGAUACACUUUUCCGUGAAUUUCUUAUAUUUCCCAGUAUAUUCUGCUAAAGGAAAUGACACAAGUUAGAAACAGUGUGAUAAUGAAUUAAACGAUCACAAUGUAUAAUUACUCUGCAAACUAUUCAUUCAAGCAUAUGGCAGAAUUUUGCCGUUUGAACUAUUCUUUUUUUUUUUUUUACUUAAUGUUUUUUUUAUUUCUCAUGCUGGGUUGAAAGUUUGUGUUUGAGCUGUUGCAGAUGUUCAUUGUGUGUCAGGCAAUUAUUUGUAAACGAAGAGCAUGUUUUUUACACGCUUCAAUUAAAUGUUGGAAUUUGUAUUUCAGCGUCUUA